UUCGUCCGACCAGAGAACGGUGAUCUUCGCUGGAGACGCCACGACGAUGCUUCGAAACCUGUUCCUGAAACUUUGAAACCUUACUCGAUGCCGCCGUACAGGUUGAAGAUGACAAGACCAUGGAUGACAUGCAGGGGACUCCAGCACUCCAGGAUCUCGUCUCAACUCGGCGGAGCGAUCGCGUUGCAAGGAAAGUCACGCUUGGCGCGUACAUGGCGAUUGCUGCCUCAGCCUUUGGCCUGAUCUCAGACGGCUAUCAUAACAACCUGAUGACGAUGACAAACGUUGUCUUCAAAAAACUGUACCCAACUGAAUACACCUCCAACGUAUCAACCCGUGUCUCGAAUGCCAUGUUAGUCGGAGAAGUCAUCGGCCAGGUCUUCGUCGGCAUCUUGUGCGAUAGGCAUGGUCGUAAAAGCGGGCUUGUGAUGACAACGUUGCUCAUCAUCGUCGGGGCAAUCCUCUGCACCGUUGCGCAUGGGGCGCAUGGUGGUGCUCAAAGCCUCUUCUGGUUCAUGACUAUUGCUAGGGGAGUGACCGGUGUGGGCGCUGGAGGAGAGUACCCUGCAUCGUCGACAAGCGCGAGCGAAGGGGCCAACGAGACAUCGAUUGAGAAGCGUGGGCCUGUAUUUAUCAUGGUGACCGACUUGCCUCUAGUCUGUGGCGGCCCGCUAGCCGUCUCCGUCUUCUUGAUUGUCUUGUCCGCUGCAGGACAAGCGCACCUCGAGACUAUCUGGCGCGUUUGUUUUGGUGUUGGGAUCGCGCUCCCAAUGACAGUGUUCUACUUCCGGAUGCGCAUGCUGAAUUCGAAACUCUAUCGUGAGGGCGCUAUUCGACGACGCGUCCCGUACUGGCUCUCACUCAAGAGGUAUUGGAAGGCGCUGAUAGGCACAGGCGGGUCGUGGUUCCUCUUUGAUUUUAUAUUCUAUCCGAACGGCAUAUUUUCUGCGUCUAUCAUAUCAAGUGUCAUCAAGGAUGGUGACGUGAAAGCAACAGCUGAGUGGCAGUUGUUACUGGGUGCUAUCGCUAUCCCUGGAGUCUUUGUGGGAGCUUUGCUAUGCAAUCCUCUAGGCAGGCGUAACACAAUGAUACUAGGAUUCAGUGGCUACGUCAUCUUCGGGUUGAUCAUCGGCAUUGGCUAUGACAAAGUCACAAGAAUCGUGCCUCUUUUCAUAGUGCUGUACGGGUUGAUGACGUCCAUGAGCAACCUGGGCCCUGGUAACAUGACGCUGCUCACGAGCGCAGAAUCAUACCCGACUCCCAUUAGGGGUACAUUCUUCGGGCUUUCUGCUGCACUAGGCAAGGCGGGAGCGGCAGUUGGCACCGAGGUGUUCACGCCGAUCCAAGACAAUCUUGGAAAGCGGUGCGAGAUGUUCACACAUACCUUCGCAAUGCGAAUUCUCAUGGACUCGUCGUUGACCCGCAGAUGGACGUUCAUCGUCGCCGCGAUUUUUGGCGCACUCGGUAUACUGGUCACCUACCUGUUCGUGCCAGAUAUGACUGGUAUUGACCUCGCACUGGAGGACACGAGGUUCCUACGGUAUCUUGCUGAGAAUGGCUGGGACGGAGAUGUUGGUAUCGCAGGAGACACUGGUCCAUUGGGUACAGAAGAGGUCAAGUCAGGUAGCUCGAAGGGAUACGAUGACGAGGAGGUAGCUUAGCGAUAAUGUGAAGCACAACGAACACGGAGUCGGGUGUGGGA